CCGUCUGCGUGGAAUAAUGAGGUAGUUUUCGUGUGCUCGAAGUUCGAACCAUUUUGGAGGUGACAUCGUUACGGAACGUGGCGUUUGUCGGGAUCUGGGCUUUGUACGCCUCCGAAGUCUCAAGGAGAUCAAACCUUUGCGGACAGAUCAGAUUUCAGUCUAGUUGCCCGGCCUCGUCUAGAUCUUGCGGGAGUUUGUUCAAGUGUGUGCGGGGAGGUGAUGCUCGGAGGUUGGGUGGCGGCGAUGAUCAUGUGCUCCAGGUUGAGUCUUGUGCUGCAACACUCUGGGGUCUUGUGGUUUUCUGUUCGUGUGGGAAUCCGAGGUGAUGCAAAUCUGAAAGUCAACCUAGACGUCGCAGGAUUGUUACACUUACUAGUCUGAACCUUGUGGAACGUUAAAGAGGCAUUUGUGUGGAUUUGGGGUUUUUCGCUUAGCUUCCGAGGGGUGUGUAGUAUCGAGAAUCGCUUGCGUGUUUUUCAACAAUUCACAUAGUUGGAUAGUGGUAGUGGAGUUUGAGCGCCGCCCUCGAUCCCUCUUGUCCGUAGAUCGUGUUGCGUGCGCAAUGUCUGGUCGCCCCGACGUCCGAAAUAGAAAUUAUGGCAAUAAUACCGAAGCGAAUACAUCCUCCGCGUCCCAGGGUAGUCCUAACGGGCGAGGCUCGGGCCGUGUGGCCGAAGAACAGGAUUACAUCCUCCUCCACCGCAGUGAACGCCUGUCCACGUUUUUCAAAUCAAUGCGCCACUGGUGGAAAAGCGCAAUAGAAGUUUCUGGCACCAUGAAGCGCAAGAAAGUGAAAAUACAAUGGAGAUAUAUUCUCUCUCAGGCACUUCUAGACAUCCUCUAUCUGUGCACAGGUCUGCUAGCAUUCAUCGGAAAGUGCGUUGAGUUUCCCUUCAACGUUUAUUACGCCAACGGCGGCAGUUGGUUGCAGGUCAUCAAAUAUCUUUUCAACGGGCAGCUUAUCGUUCCCCGCAGAGAUGAUCCGACUUACCGCACCCUCAUUAUGCAACUCGAUCCUCGAACAAAGCUAUACGUGGACAAAUCUGCUGCUGGACAAGCACUAAGCGAGGCCGCUACCAGCAAAAUAUUUCCCGGUACAGAUGAUGGCGCAAGGUCUACUGCUGAUGUCUUGGUCAUGGCCUCCAAACUGGCAUACGAGAAUGAGUCGGUCAUCAAAAAGGUGGUCACAGAAGAUUGGAAUAUGCAUUUUGUUGGCUUCUACAGUUGCUGGAACGAAUUUUUGCAAGAGCAUAAUACUCAGGUCUUCGUCUUCACCGACAGAGCAGAAGACGCGAACGCGAUUGUUAUCGCCUGGCGGGGCACCGAACCUUUCAAUGCAAUGGAUUGGAGCACAGACUUUGAUUUCUCUUGGUACAAUUUAGAAGGUAUGGGCUGUGUGCACGUCGGAUUUCUGGAAGCACUUGGGCUUGCCAGUCGUAACAGACUGGAGUCCUUCCAAACCUUGCAGCAAAAGGCCAACGCCAAAUGCAAUAACACAAGGCGGUCAGACCACUCGACCUCGGGCCUGUCACCUGACGUGAUUCAAGACAGCCACAAACUCCUAGCCUACGAUCAUAUAACUGAAGUGGUGAGAGGUCUCCUUAGCGAGCACCCGGGAGCUAAGCUUUACGGUACAGGCCAUAGCCUCGGGGGAGCACUUGCAACACUCUACACAGCAAUGUUAUUCUACAAUGACGAAAAGAAUAUCCUGAAGAAGCUCGCUGCCGUGUACACAUUCGGCCAGCCACGCGUUGGGGACGAAGCAUUUGCUCAAUACAUGAGAGACAACGUCACACACUUUCGCUACUUUCGCGUUGUGUAUUGCAACGACUUGGUUCCGAGAGUUCCAUUCGAUGACAAGCUCUUUGCCUUCAAGCAUUUCGGACUGUGUUUCUACUACAACAGUCGGUACAUUGCAAGGUGUCUGCGGGAGGCGCCACGGAAGAACUAUUUCUACCUCUCGGAUAUCUUGACAGUCCGUAUAACUGCCAUCGGGGAGCUAAUCAACGCCUUCAGGCGCAAGGACGCAGACUUCGCUGAGUCGUGGCCUUCCAUAAUGUCUAGACUGAUGGCGCUCCUUGUUCCUGGUGUCGGUGGUCACAGCCCAGUGAACUAUGUGAACGCAGUGCGACUGGGGCCGUCUUCUCUUGUUUCGGAGGUCACGGACGAGCUUCACGAGAUGAGCGAGAACCUGCACGACUGGGAAGAGAAGUUCAGAGGCGCGGCAGGGAAUGGCUGGAAUCGGGCGAUGCAGGCUUACCGACGCUGGUCUACUCCGCACUAGAUUCCCCGCGUCACACAACCGCGAUCUUCAUGACAAAAGUGCCCAACUCAACGAUGCCGAACCCUCACAGUCUACUAAACUUGUGGAAAAUGUCCAUCCCAGCGCCGAGCAUUCUGAUCUGUCAAGGCACCGCAUGCUCUCAGUCCCGAUUGCGAGUCGAUGAAACCAUGCUCCCGAAAAUGCCAUGGCCGAACGAUCAGAACGCAAGUUAUGAAGCUCCAGGGGCUGGAAUUCGGCAUGGAUUGUGGCGAUGGAGGGGGAUUCUCGACAUUCAUGUCGGGGAUGUCGACGAUUCCCCGGUUCCGAGACGCUUGAAUAUCGCGUCGCGCGUGUGCGGCGUUCGCCGUCUGCUCCAUGAACUUGUGCGCAAUAAAGUGUGACAAACAAUACACCGCAGAUCUAUCAGUCUAAUUUAAUCGCUGGACUUGAAUACAAUGCAAGUUAUGCUCUAAUUCACAGCUACUGUAUUAUAACCGCGUUGGUUGAUUGUCUUCA